AUGGCCGCUGACACCCCCACUGCGACGGUAGUCAUCAUCGGCGCGUCCUUCGCCGGCCUCCAGGUCGCCAAUGGCCUCCUGAAGGCCCUGCCACCUAGCCGGGCGAAGGUCAAGGUGAUCCUGAUCGACCCGUCCGACAAAUGGUACUUCAACAUCGCUGCGCCCCGGAUUGUCGCCAAACCAGCGGCUCUCCGUCCGGAGCAGUACCUGCUCCCCAUCGACAAGGCAUUCGCCAAGAAGAAGCUUGCCAAGGACUCGUUUGAGUUUGUCAAGGGCCGCGCGACGCGUAUCCAUCCCGCCUCUCGCACUGUCGCCGUGGAGGUGUCCUUGUCCUCGGGAGGGACCUCGUCGUCCUCUGUGUCCUACGACUACAAGUAUGACUACCUGGUCAUCGCAUCCGGCAGCUCGACCAGCUCUGCCUCGCAGGGCAUGUACGUGCCAUUCAAACCCACCGGCACGGGGGCAGACGACCUGGAAGCGGCUAUCAGUCGCACGCAAAAGACUCUCUCCGAGGCCAAGAGCGUCAUCAUCGGCGGCGCGGGGCCCAUCGGCGUCGAAUUGGCCGGCGAGCUGGCAGAAGCCUGGGCCGGUCGCACGGAGUCGGACACGUCAAUCACCCUUGUCUCGGCGAGCGAGCGCGUCCUGCCCAUGCUGAAGAAGUCUGCGGGCAAGGCGGCCGAAAAGCUCCUGGCCAAGCGGGACGUCAAAGUGAUCACGUCGCGCAAAGUGGUUGAGGCGGUGCAAAAUGAUCAGAAAUGGACCGUCAAGCUCGACAACGGCGAGACGCUGACGGCAGACGCGUACAUCGCCACAACGGGCGUGGUGCCCAACAACAGGUUCAUCCCGGCUGAAUACCUCAACGAAGAUGGCUGGGUCGAGGUUGAUGAGUACUUCCGCGUGAAAGGCAAAGACGAGCAGCAAGAGAAACAGCCGAUCUACGCCGUUGGCGACAUCACCGCCUAUCCUAUCCGCACUUCCCUCAAGGUCGCUGAGCAGACCCCUGUUGUGGUCGCGAACCUGAAGGCCGACAUUCUGGGGAGCGGCAAACAGCGCCGCUACGUCGAGGAUGAGAAGAAGAAGAUCAUGAUGGUCGUUCCUGUGGGUGCGGCUGGUGGCACCGGGCAGAUCAUGGGCCUGCGCGUCUGGGGGAAGCUGGUGUCGAUCGCGAAGGGCAGGGACUUUCUUGUGUCCAGGGCGGCGGGUAUGGUUGGGUUGGAUUAA